AUGCAGUACAGGGCAGGCCAAGGUGGAGUGUCCCAACCCACAGCAGACGUGGCCCCUCGGGAGCUGGCGGGGGGCAGGAGAGGUGCCAGCCCACCUGCCGCCCCCAGGCACCACGUCCACUACGUGAUCCCGUACGACGGGGACCAGUCGGUGGUGGAUGCCGCGGAAAACUACUUUGUGACGGACAAUGUGACCAAGCAGGAGAUUGACCUCAUGCUCGGGCUGCUGCUCGGCUUCUGUAUCAGCUGGUUCCUCGUGUGGGUGGACGGUGUCCUGCACUGCGCUGUGCGCGCCUGGAGGGCCGGCCGGCGCUACGACGGCUCGUGGACCUGGCUGCCCAAGUUCUGCAGCCUGCGGGAGCUGGGCCGGCGGCCACACAGGCCCUUUGAGGAGGCCGCAGGGAACAUGGUGCACGUGAAGCAGAAACUUUAUCACAAUGGCCACCCCAGCCCACGGCACCUCUGA